UUCUUUACUUAGUUUCAAAGCUCACCCACCUCCACACACCCCACACCCUUUUCUCAUUAUACCACUCUUCAUCUCUCUCCCACUUGCUUAUUUCUUAUAUUACCUUCCUAUAAACAAUUACUUACCUUCUUCUCGUAUUCCUAUUCACCCAAAAACCUCUUAUUAUUAUUACCCCAUUGAAAAAUACAAAAAAAACCCAUAUCUAAAUUUUUUAUAAUAUCCCUAAAUUCAACUAAAUAUAAUAAUACAAUUUCUAUCCCCAUCAAUCCAUUUUUGUGUUUUAUAAUUAUAAAAAAAUAGAAGUAUGAAAGGAGAAUAUGUAGAAGAUGAAAAUGAAAACAAUAAUCAAAAUAAUGCUCACAAUAUGUUUGCAAAAUUCUCUCAUCACCAAAAAUUCCAACCUCCCCCCCCUCCUCCUCCUUCUCAUAAUCCUCAUCACUUCCCUCCCCCACAUCUAAUCCAUCAUCAUCCUUUUCCUCAACCUUCGGAAGAAGCCGAUUCGGCUACAACCACUACACCACCCACUCAACCUUUUACCAAAAAACCCAAGACAACCCCUCCUACCACCAGCAAUGAAGAUGGUGGGACCAUUGAAAUCUCCCGCCGUCCACGUGGCAGACCACCCGGUUCAAAAAACAAACCUAAACCCCCCAUCGUAAUAACCCGUGAACCCGAACCCGCCAUGUCACCCUACAUCCUCGAACUUCCUGGUGGUGCUGACGUCAUCGAAUCAUUAUCUAGCUUCACGCGCCGUCGUGGGGUUGGGAUAUGCGUUUUAACCGCUUCCGGUGCAGUUGCUAACGUUAGCCUUAAACAACCUUCAACCACUACUCCUGGUGGAACGGUGACGUUUCAUGGAAGAUUCGAUAUCUUAUCGUUAUCUGCUGUUGUCGUCAAUACGAUGCCGUUUCAUGGAGGUGGGUUUACGAUUUCUUUAGCGGGCCCACAAGGGCAGAUUGUUGGAGGAAAGGUUGUUGGUGGGUUGAUAUGUUCUGGUACAGUAUAUGUCAUUGCGGCGUCGUUUAACAAUCCGACGUACUGUAGACUUCCUCUUCAUGAACAAGAUAUUCAAAACCAGCAACAACACCAAAACAAUAACAGUAAUAAUAAUAAUAAUCAAGGAGGGGAUGAACAAUCGGAUUCUCCGGUAUCUGGCGGCGGCGAUGGAGGAACAAUGACUUUGUAUAACGGUCAUUUGGGAAGUACGCCGAGUUCUACGGCUGCGGCUGAGCUUAUGUGGGCUAAUUCUGGUGGUGGUAGACAGCCUUAUUAAGAGUCAAGAUGGAGUACUACAUACAUAUGUGAAUUAUUCUAAUAUUGAAGUUAAUUAAUUUCAUGUUUUAGGUUAGGUUUUUUUUUUUUUUUUUUUUUGGGAAUUUGAUUUGGGUAGUUGUUGGUACAAAAUUAUAUGGAAUUAUUAUGUGAUUUUUAAUAGUAUGGAUGGAAAUUUGAAAUUAAACAAGCCACUUAGAAGAAGUGUUUAAUUAAUUACUGUUUUUUGCAUGUGAUUUUAGAAAAGUGGUGUUAAUUAAUCUUAAUUAGUAAGGGUAAUUAGAUAGAUAAUUAGGUGUUUUUAGUCAUGCAUGUUGUUUGUAUUGUAUGUUUAAAUUAGUUUUUUGAAUAUAAGAAUGAAUUAUGCUUUC